GACAGUUAAGGUCAAUUCUACCACCCCGUUUCGGCUUGACAUUAAGUUCUGGGACACCCUGUAUAAACGUCGAUCAGAUAUACACACAGGUCAUCGCGUCUUUCGAACGGGUUUUCGGAUGGCGUGCGCGCGUUUGCCUGCUCGCGACUGGACUGAACGCGCAGUCGAAUGACGCUAAACACGAGUCCGCUACUCCGUUGCCGUUUGCGGCCGGGAACGAUCUGACGGCUUCGGCGCUACUUGGGCCCGUGGGGGAACUUAUUACGAACGACGCUUUUUAUGCAAAGAUUCUCAACACAGGCACAGGACACUUAAGGACAAUACUAUCACCCCGUUUUGGCUUGACAUUGAGUUCUGAGACAACUGGGAUUGUACAUAUGUAAAGAACAAGUUUUUUGCGUCAAAUAGAAGUUUGCCCGUAGGAUCAGCAAGCAGGAUGCCCCAGUAUACCGAUUCCGAGUCUGAGGACGGGCGCAGUAUGACGGACGGCCCAUUGCCCCCUUUGGAACUCACAGACAGCGUUUUGAGGAAGAGACAGAUAUGGCAUCCCGACGAAGACAGCAUGCGAUCGGAAAUCAAGGACCUGUUGGACGACGAUGGAGUUUCAUUGGCCGAAGAAGAAGACGGAGCUGGAUGUCCUUUACCUUCUACUCCUGAAGACCAGCUGCUCUUGGACGCCGAGAUGACUGAAGUUCUAAAAGCUGGCGUUCUGUCCGAUGAAAUAGACAUUGGAGCUUUAGCUCAUAAUGCAGCCGAACAAGCAGAAGAAUUCGUUCGCAAGCAUUUCUUAAAUAAUCAGGUAUGGGAAGCCUCAUGGAAGGUUUGUCAUUUUAAAAAUCUUCCUCGAUGGCUGCAAGAUAAUGAUUACCUGCACAAAGGACACAGACCACCCUUGCCAUCAUUUGGAGCUUGCUUCAAGUCCAUUUUCCGAAUCCACACAGAGACUGGUAAUAUAUGGACCCAUUUAUUAGGUUGUAUAGCAUUUAUAGGCAUAGCUGUAUAUUUUCUGGCAAUGCCUACUUCUGAAAUACCAUUAGAAGAUAAAUUAAUAUUUGGUUCUUUCUUUGCUGGGGCCAUUGUGUGCCUUGGUUUCUCUUUUGCAUUCCAUACUCUGAGUUGCCACUCAGAAUUUGUAGGAAAAUUAUUUUCAAAGUUAGACUAUUGUGGAAUUGCUCUGCUUAUUAUGGGAUCAUUCGUACCAUGGCUCUAUUAUGGUUUCUAUUGUCAUUAUCAGCCAAAAUUGAUUUAUUUAUCGGUGGUUGUUAUUCUUGGAAUAUUGUCCAUCAUUGUUUCCUUGUGGGAUAGGUUUUCAGAACCAAAACUUAGGCCUCUUAGAGCAGGUGUUUUUAUGGGAUUCGGGUUAUCGGGGGUUGUACCAGCAGUGCAUUAUGGCCUCAUGGAAGGCUGGUUCAAUCAAAUCAGUCAAGCUAGUCUUGGCUGGCUUGUUCUAAUGGGUAUGUUAUAUAUACUAGGAGCUAUGUUUUAUGCUCUCCGUGUUCCAGAAAGGUUCUUCCCAGGAAAAUGUGAUAUCUGGUUCCAAUCUCAUCAGAUCUUCCAUGUGCUUGUGAUAGCCGCUGCUUUUGUUCAUUACCACGGCAUUAGUGAAAUGGCAAUGUAUAGAGUAACCGUUGGGCAGUGUUCAACAACGCACACAGCAAUAGCGUUUUAGUGAAUUAAAAUAAAUUUAUUGUAACAAGGUAACAACUGGAUCGAUUUAUGCAGCAAUAACUAACAAAAUUAUGAAGUAGUUAUUUCUCCUCAAAGUUGUAUAUGAGAUCAAAGAUAUUACUUCAAAUUUGCUAAAAAUCUUUAUACCGCCGAAUUCCUGCUAUUGUAAUUUCAAGAAUCUGUUCAUACUAAAUAUUUAAGAUCUUAUCCAACUGCAUUUGGCCGUAUACAGUAAUCGUAAAUUUUGGUAAAUUUGAUGCGAUAUAUUUUUGUGAUGAAAUAAUUUUAUAUAUAAUCAAGUUAAAAACGGACUAGUGAUUUUUUGUGCUGUCACACAGAAGAUUAUAACAUAAAUUGCACAAUGAUAUAAACCCUUGCGGGAAUCAUAAAUAAUACCUUCAAAAUUACUAAUUUAUAUCAGAUCAAAUGAUUGUGAAUCAAUCUAAUUAUGUAUAUAGAAUAUAUAUUAACUAAAUAUUUAUAAGAGAGUAAUUACAUAUUUAUAAGUGUUGAAAUGCCUUCUCCAUUGCAAUAUUCAUCAAUGGCAUCUUUUUAUAUCAGGAUUUUCAUGUCAUCUAAUAAAUUCAUCAAGAUGUAUGGUAUUACAAGGUAUGUUAUAAAAGAUACGGACAAAAAUUCAUUGUACAGCUAAAACAGAAUUUGUGUCAUCAACAAUUAAUAUACUGAAUUAUAAUUUUUUUAAGAGUGAAUCGUGGAUAAUGUCUUAAUUACAACGAACCCGGUGUUAUUGUUUAAACUUAUUUUUAUAUAAGACAAGGGUGUCAAAGUUUAUGGAUACACAUUCCUAAUUUUAUCUGUAUAUGGCAUUUUAAUACUUCUUGGAAACAAACGCUAUGAAUUAAUUUAUGAUUUUCGUGAUUUACUUUUGGAUCAUUCAGGAAAUUGUGAUACAAACUCCAUCACAUAAACCUAUAUAUUCAAGUAAUUUUUAGACAAUUGAACAGAUGAUUAUUUUAAUGUUGAAAUUUCAUUUUAAGAAAUUAACGAUUAAUUAUUCUACCAAAAUUAUUGCUGAGAAUAUGAGCACCAAAAUAACAUAACAUGUAACAAUAGCGUUGCAGUUAUAUUAAUAAAUAGUUUUUCAGCAUUAGGUUUUAGCAAAAAAUUUUAGAGUUGUGUUCUGUUUGACACCCUUGAAGCAGCGUAGUACGAAUUUUAACAAUAAUUUGUAUUUAUUUAUUUAUUAUCACUGAAAUUGUUGCUACGAAUUUGUAUAGAUAAUUUAUCAUAAUUUGAAUUUUAUAAUCAUUUUCCGCAUUGAGGCUUA